AUGAAUAUAAUGAGUCUUCUCAAGUUAGUUGGAGUACUCUUUGUUGUGGUGUUGCAGUUGUUUGUGAAUGGUGUUGUUGGUUGCUUAGAGAAUGAGAGAUACGCUCUCCUUCAGUUGAAAGCCAGCCUUGUGUGGGAUGAUGACUCUUUCUUGUUGACUACAUGGGACAGUAAGAGUGAUGGUUGUUGUGCAUGGGAAGGAAUCCGCUAUAACAAUCAUACUGGACAUGUUGAAAUGUUUCAUCUAAGUCGUUCUCAGUUUGGGCGUUUUCCAGGCAAGAUCAACGCAUCAUUGAUGGAGUUGAGACACUUAAAGUCUGAACGAUUUGGACUUAAACGUAUUGGACUUAAACAAAAAUAA